UAUGAGCAGAAGUAAAAUUAUUUUGUAAAUAAGAAAAGAGAGUUUCCUGGUUUUUUGAAAGUCAACCUGAACCUAAAGAAGAAUAAAAUGUGUCUUCAUUACAUAACAAUACAGUUGAAGAACAAAAAUAAGAUUAAAAAAUUCCUUCAGCAUAAAUCACUCAACCAAUGUAGUCUAUUCCUUAAGCUCCUUAAACCAUACCAACAACCUAAUUUGAUUUGGAAAGUAAUAGAACUAGAAAAGUCUCAUUUAUUCCAUUUAUAGGCAAUAGAGUUGCUGAAUCUACUCCGCCAAAAUUAAGUACAAUUUUUGAAGAAUAACCAAGUUCAAAAAAAUAGGAACCUCAAUAAAAUAAGGUUCCUGUUGCUUAAUAAACUUAAAUAUAAAUGUCUAUAUAGAAAUAACCAACUAUACAAACUUAAAUUAUUCAAACUCCAUAAUAAUAACCAUAUCGAACACCCAAAGCAAUUCAAAUUGAAGAAAAUAGUGGAAAGUAAUCCUAUAGAAAAAAUGUGAAGCCUAUUGAAAUAGAUAUUGUCAAAGAACUCUAAUAAUUAAGUUCAUUGGCUGAAAUGAAUGAGGCAACUUUAAAAAGAGUGAUUACAAGAGAGGAAUAAGAAAUUUUAAUUAUUUAAGAUUUAUUGACUUAAAAGAUUAGUAAACUUCAAUAGAAGUUGAUCUAAUUAAAUGAGAUUGAAUAAAAACAAUUAGAUUCAAAGAUGAAUAAUAAUAAUAAACUCAAUUAAUUAUAAGAAAUAGAAAAUAUAAAUGAAAAUUAAUUAGAUGAACCAAAAAAGUAGGAAUAAAAAGGAUCUUCUUAACAAAUAAGAGCUAUUUUGAUUUAAUGUCUUGGAUAUAAAGUAAGUCAUAUCUAUUAUGAUAAAAAAUAAUAUUAAAUAACAUUUACCUAUAAAUAAGCCAAUGUUUAAUAUACAUUUUAGAAUUAGAAAUAAAUAGAUGGCAAUCUAGAAAUUUAAGAAAUAUUUAAUGAAUUCUAUAGAGAAUUAUAAGAGAAUAGAUUGGUAUUAUCUGGUUUGAAGGUUGAUUAUAAGUAAAAGACAGAAAUUAAUAAAGGAGAAAUAUUAUAAUUAUCAUUGAAACAUUAAUUUUAGAAUUCUAAUAAAAUGGCAAAUGAAAUAAUAUUUUCAGCUAUUCAUUAGAUGCCUAUAUUGUUAUCUAAAGUGGAUGAAUUAGAAUUAUAAUUGCUUUCAAAUAAUAAAAUUUGGGGGACUUUAUGGAAAUUAGAUCCAGAAAGAGGAUCAAUUUAAAUUUUAUUUAGUCAUAGAUGUAGAAUAGAUGACAAAAAUCUAUAAUCAAAUUCAAAAAAGAAAAUUCUAAGAUUUGAAAUAAAUUUAAGAACUUUCGAAAUUCAAUAUUAAUUUUUCAAAUAUUUUGAUGAAAUAAUAUCUCCUUUCAUUUAAAAGGAUUCUAAGAGGAAAAAAAGUGUUUCUGAAAUUUCAUUUGGUGAAAGAGCAGAAGGAUUAGUUAGUGAUGAAUUUACAGAGGCAAUUUAAGAUUAUUUAUCAAGAAAACCUAAUUUAUAAGAACUUGUAGAGUGGUUGAAUAUUAUAUAACUAAAUUGA